GAGAAGUUCAGGCUUUUUACCUUGAGUACUCCGUAUUUUCUCUGUCUUCCUCUAAGGUUUUCGAGCAUGAGAGGAUCAGGGAUUGCUGAGCCGGCACAGAGUGGCUUCGCUCCAGCAGCAGCCUACGAUGCGCAUCGCCCAUCCUAUCCCGAAGAAGCAGUCCAACGGCUCCUCGAAGCCUGUGAGGUGGCCGGUGUCAAAGGCGCCAGGAUUGCAGAUCUCGCAGCUGGCACGGGGAAGUUCACAGAGAUUCUGGCAAGACGACCAGAAGAAUAUGAAAUCGUUGCCAUAGAGCCUCACGACGGCAUGCGGGCGCAAUUGGAGCAGAAAACCCUUCCCCACGUACGGGUUCUGAAAGGCACUGCCGACCAUAUGUCAGGAAUCGCUGAUGGGUCUCUUGCAUGUCUCAUAGCAUCACAGUCGUUUCAUUGGUUUGCCAACAUGGACGCAUUGAAAGAAAUUGCUCGGACUCUGCGCCCAGCAGGUGUGUUUGGCAUGAUUUGGAAUAUUGAUGAUUACAAUACACCAAAAUCAUGGACCAUCCAUCGUGGCUGGGAGCAAGCAAUGCGCGAUGUGAUUUGGACAUUCGAAGACGGCGCGCCACGCUUCCGACACGAGAAGUGGCGACAAGUGUUCGAGGACCAGACCGCGAGUAAUCCCUUGAGCGUGAACUUCACUGAUCCGCUGUUUGGGCUGCCCUUGGGCGAAGGGAGCGUUGACUUCACGUCGUGGUUGCCCAAGGAAGAUCUCUGGGGUAGGCUGAGGACGUUGAGUCAGCUUGCGAUAUUGGAGGGUGAAGAACUGGAGAAGGUGAGAAAAACAUUCGACGACAGUCUGAGGUCGGAAGGAACCGAAAUCAAUCAAGACGGCCUGGUGGCUGUCCACGGCCGGACUGUAUUCUUCUGGACGAGUAAAAUCCCUGCUGAGCCGCUUAAGAGCAGUGGCUAGGUCUGUCGAUACCAAACACAAUAUUCUCGAAGGUCGCUUUCUGGCGUCCCUGAUAUGUUCCCAAUGCUUCUUCGGGGUUCCUUCUUCUACGGGCCAGUGCGAUCGGAUCGUUCUGUAGCCUCUCCCGGCCUAUGAUCAUUCCCACCUCAGGUCUUAGGUGGCUAGGUAGCACUGAUACCCCAAAGUCUUGAUCCAACAAAUGUAUCAAGGCACAACUGUCCCAAGUCCGG